CUCCAGCCCAGCAUGGCCUUCAGAUUCCUCGGUCUCAUCCUACUCCCAUGGACCCUUCAGCCAGCAGGAGCCCAGCAAUUGACACAGCUUGGAGACCCCAUCCUGGUGACCUUGGCCGGCCAUCACCUUCCCUUGACUUGUGAGGUCAGCUACCCCUACACUCCGGCCUUCAAGGAGUAUAAGUUCAGUUACUAUCACAUUGACCUCCAGGUCAGGCAGAGCCCCCCCAUCUCGGCCAACUGCAAUAAGGCCCCGGGAGUUGAGAACAAGACCCACACUGAGAUCUGCUCGUUCACCCUGACGUCUCUGCACAAUGCUUCAGCUACGGGCACCUAUUACUGCCAGGUGGAGUGGCCCACCCGCAAAGAGAAGGGCGAGGGGACCUUUAUCCUGGUCCGAGAUGCUGGAUAUAAAGAACCCCCGGAGGGCUCCAAGAAGCUUCUCCUCUUCACUUUCACCGGCCUCCUGGCCAUGCUGAGCAUCCUGGAAACAGGCCUGCUGAUCUGGAAGGCAAAGAAAUGGAGGAUGUCUGCCAAGAAGAUCCUACAUCAGAAAGACCCAGGCCCAGCUGGGUGCUCAGCAGACCCCAAGCCUGAUCAGGCAGGAUCCAUAUACACUGCUCUCCAGUCCCGCCAGUCUGAGGUCUAUGACUGUCUUCAGAACGAUGCCAGCAUCCCUCCGUCUGAGCGGAGCCCGCCAACCCAGAGAGAACACCAAAUGAGAGGAGAAGAGUCGGAUGUCAUCUACGAGAAUUUCUAAAGGAGGGCUCAUCGUGGCUUCCUGCUCCUUUUCCCCACACUCGAGGAUAUGACUCAGCGUCUAUACCCUGGGACUCCGCUGCUAUCUUGGGGAUGGGAUGGGAGCUGGCCUCCCCCAACCCCCACUCCGGACUGCUCCAUGCAUCCUGGUGUGGACCAGGACACAGCCCAGAUGCGCUUUGAGUUCCCUCUGAAGACCUGGAGAUGGUGGAUCUUCCUCCUCCACUCUCCUCCCUUCUCAGCUUCCCCAGCCCACUGAGGAAUCCCAUGCCUUCUCCCACAUCGAGCUCAGGAGGCAUUUGUACAGGCAGCCUCUUACCAUCUCAGGCUAUGGCUCCCACACAAAGCACUCUCUACCUCCCCCACCUCCUCCAGAGGAGUCAGGAGCUUCUGAAUUCUCUGUUACUUACUGUGUGACCAUGAGCAAAUCCCCCAAGCUCUCUGAGCCUAGGCUUCCCCGGCUGUAGAAGGGCUUUGUUUUGAGAGGCAGCCUGGUGGGAUGGUUAAAGUGCUGGGCCCGGAGUCCAGAAGACCCGUGCCUCUGACACUUACCAUGUGACCCUGCACGGGUCACUUGAGCUCUCUAAGCCUCAUCUGUAAAAAGAGGAGUUUGGAUUGGCCAGCAACCGGGGUCUCUUUGGACCCUACAUCCAUCAGCCUAUGACCAAAUAAGAUAAUGAAUGCAAAAGGACCUUAUAAACAUAGGAGUCAUUAUUAAUAACGUUAUUAAUCCCUUUGCCUAGAAUCACAGAGGGCUGGAUCACAGUGUUGGUAUAAGGGUCAUAAAUUCCAUUUUAUGGCCAAUCUCAUCACAAAUUCCACUUUUUUCUUCAGAACCAUGAUGUCCAGGUUGCACAUAGUGGUGUCCUGUGAGGAGUCUCCAAGCAGUAGCAGGUUUUGAAAAGUGUUGGGGAAAAUCUCCUGAAGGACAGGACGCUGGCUUGGAGGAGUCACAUGAGCAGGGGGCUGAGAGCAGUUAGCUGAAAAGAAAUGGGAAGAAAAUUUCUUCUGUGUCCUGAGUGCCUGGGGGCAGCCGGAUGGAACAGAGGAUAUGGCACUGGGCCUGGAGUCAGGAGUUCAAAUCCAGAGUUCACUAACUCUGUGA